AUGUCUGCCGCGGGGGGUAUAUGGGCUCCAGCAGCCCUACGCCUCCUCCGCGUGGGCAUCACCAGAACGACAAAGAUGAUACGAACCAAACUCGCAAACGCAACCCGCCCGGCCGUCCAGGGCGAACUCGCACACAUCCCCAUCCGCACGACGCCGACGGGCCGACAGCCCAUUCACCCGGCCGCUCUCCUCAGACAGAAGCGCGCGGGACGCUGGUACUCGACCCAGAGCAUCAACAACACCGUUCGCAGAUGGAUCUCCACGAGCGGUAGCCCCGGCGGCAGCAGCACACGCUUCAGCCGGGCAUCGUUCCCGAGCUCAAACACAUCCCGCCGCGUGGGCCAAAUGACCGGCCGCGCGCCAUUUGCGAGCACGCUCCGACCGAAUCUCACCGGCGGUGCCAUCGCCCGCACCCAGGGCGGCUACAGCGUCGGCGGUGGGGCCCGCUACUUCUCUCACACGCCCGCGGCGCCCGCGCAAGUGAUCCAGAACGUCUCCGUCGCCAUGCGCGCCUUCUGCCUCUCUGGCCAAAAGGUACGCUACGACGGCCUCAACGCUCGCGGCGACAAGCGCUACCGCGCCGUCUCGGAGCUCGAGCAGGCCGCGUACGUCAAGAUGAUGGGCGCCACCUCCCGCGGGAACCCCGGCUCCUUCAUUGACUUCCACAUCAGCCCCACCGUCACGGCCCUCAGCCCCCUGGCCGCCGCCGCCGCUGCGGGUUUCACCUCCGCUAACGCCGAGGCCCCCACCACCACCCUCAACGAGGAUGGCUUCCUCGACGUUCUGUCCAUUGACUUUGCUCGCGCUCUCAAGGACCUCGCCGUCGUUUUCGCAGACCUGAAGAGGCUUGCCUUGUUUGGUGAUUUGCCAAUCACGAUGGAAAAGAAAAAUGUGCUUCGGGUGCGAUUCCCUGGAGUUGACGCCGAGACCGUCGAGCGGCUGUGCGAUGAUGCUGGCGUUCAACGCGGUAUUGUCGGUCAAGACGCCGAUUUUGAAAUCGAGAAUGGCGUCUCGGUGGCGCUUAGAUUCCCAUACGCUCCUGACGACGACGUCAAGACCAUCACUUCGCCCGGCGGUUCACUGCGGUCGCUCUCCGGCAUCGAUGUCGACCUGGAAGAGGCGUUCAUGGAUGAGAUGGAAGAGCGCUCUUGGAUGUCAGACCCCGAGGGAUACGAAAGCUUAUCGCCCACUCCAAAGACCAGUGAGGACUGCUCUGAAGGGUAUGAGGGGCUUGAGGGCAUAUACAGAUUCCUGGAGGAGUGUGACCGCAAUAAGGGACGUUUUUAA